AUGAACAAACGACGUGAUUUAAGUGUGAAAGAAAAAUUAGAUGUUCUUAAAAAAUAUGACGAGCUCCCGAAAAUGAGCCAGCGACAAGCAGCAUGUAAGUUAAACUUGUCUCAAAGUUUACUAGGUAGGAUGCUGAAAAGUCGACAGGAAAUCGAGGGAAAUGCAUUAGAAAAUGUGAAUUCAAACCGUAAAAGAAAAAGGGCCGGUAAAGAAGAAGAAGUUGAAGAAGCUUUGGAACAAUGGUUCAUAAAAGUCAGAGAAAAAGACGCCCGAGUUACAGGACCACUGUUGCGACAAAAAAGCCGAAGAUCUCGCGAAAAAAAUGGGGCAUUACCUGAGCACACUUAUGCGUUUAAAAAUGAAAAAACUAGAGGAACUAUAACUAGUAAAGAACGUCUAACCAUAUUAUGUUGUGCAAGUAUGGAUGGUGAAAAAAGAAAACUGCUCGCGAUUGGUAAAAGUAAAGAUCCCCGGUGUUUCAAGGGUGUUAAGAAUCUACCGGUAGACUAUCUGCAAACAGUAAUGCAUGGAUGA